GCAAAUUAUUUUAAAAACCAAUGAUUACAGUUAAAACCACGCAAAAAAUUUCUACUUUGAAAAAGGGAAAGUGUUAAGCACUUUUUAACAAACCUUCUACUCUACUUAAUUAACUUAAAAGCUAAAAUGUCUCGUCAAACCUCCAGGCUCGAUGCUAAGAAAGUGAAUUCGGAGCUAUUAACUCUCACAUAUGGUGCCCUGGUAUCGCAAAUGCUCAAAGACAAUGAGAACCCUGAAGACGUUAACAAACAAUUAGAACGUAUAGGAUACAAUAUGGGCGUACGCUUGAUCGAAGAUUUCUUAGCCCGGACUGGAUCUAACCGGUGCUUGGAAAUGAGGGAGACUGCCGACAAAAUACAGCAAGCUUUCAGGUUGUACUUAAACAUGCAGCCUUCUGUCUCAAACUGGAGUAAUGCCGGAGAUGAAUUCUCGCUUGUGUGGGAGCAGUGUUCUCUCAGCGAGUGGGUGGAGAUGCCUAACAAUGGGCUUAAAUACUGCGCCCUCAUCCCCGGGGCCAUACGCGGUGCUUUACAGAUGGUGCAACUUGAUGUACAGUGCUGGUUUGUGCAGGACCAGCUAAAGGGGGAUCCAGUGACAGAAUUAAGGGUAAAGUACAUCAAGAGACUAGAAGAUGCUGUGCCUGCCGGUGAAGAUUAAUUCAGAUUAGUUUACUAAUAGUUCAGAAGUGAGAAAUGUCUAUUCCAUGUAUUCAAGACUAUAUGUAUUCAAGACGAGAAACAACUUGAAAGCUAUGUAUGAGAUAUAAUCUAGUUUUUUUUAAAUAGAGUAAUACCUAAAGCUUUACAUUGUUAAUAUUAAUUAAGCUUUAAUGUCUUAUGCUUGUUUUCACUGACCACAUCGUGUCAUUAAGACUUAAGAGUCCCAUAACUCACCAGGACGCCAUCGCCUCAUGUUAUCAGUUAUGGCCCUCAAGGUAUCUAACCUAACCUAUCUCUUGAAUUUACGCCAAUAAUAAUUAUAUUAUGUAACUGAAGAUCUUAGGUUUUAAGGUCUUAGCUGACACAUACUAUGUCUUGAUAUCACUCAGGCAAAAACUGGCUGAAAAAAGAACACUAUAGGACAUUAAAAUUUGUAGGUGCAGUUAGUUAAAAUGGGCAUAAGAUUUUCUGUAGAAAGACUUAUUUUUAUUUAUCUAAGUAUAAUUAAACUAUCCGAAAUA